AUGUUUCCAGCUUAUGAUGCCACUUAUGACGAAUUGAAGGAGAAUCAGGAAAGAGACGAAACAAAAUAUCAGCAGCAUCUCCAAUUACAGCAACAGCAGCGACAGGGGCCCCAAUUACCGUUAAAUUUCCACCAAUUAAAUCAAAUAAAUCAACUUCAACUUCAAAAAUUACAACGACACCAGCCAAUUUUACCUUUAACAUUUUCACAGCAGAUAUCCCCUCCUCAACCUCCUCAACCGGCUCAACAUUUACUGCAGCAAUUUUUUGAAGUUACUGAAAGUUCUCCAAUCCCGAUUUUGAAAUCUUCUCCUGAACCUAUUGGUAAUAAUCAUCACAGUGAGACACCAAUGAGAAAAUCAAAAAGUGGAAAUGAUCAAUUAGGUAUCGAUAAUAUAUGUCGAUUUUGUCAUAAACAUUUUACACACAAAGGUUCACUUAUGAGACACUUGGAUUUGAAAAAGGGCGACUCGUUUCAUCCUACAGAUCAAAUAAAUAGUAUGAGGAACAAUAGUCAUCUUCGGCGGAAAAGCAUCGAUACCAUUUCAUUUUGUAGUGCAACAGCCAUGGAAUUAUCACCAUCAAUAAAUAGAAUAACUACACCAACAACACCAACCACCACCACCACCACAACAACAACAACAGCAACGCGGAAAAGAAGAUCUUUAAAGAAGAGUAUGGCAAGAUCCCUGAUGUCAAGUGAUUCCGCAAGUGGUCAAAAGGAGAAAAGUAAACUAAGAAGAAAACUUCGAGAUCGCAGGAUUAAGGCUAAAAUAUUGACUAACGAAUGGUUUCUUGAUUUGUUCACAAAACUACCUUUACCCGAUGUAAGACAAAACUUAACACCGGCAACAUUUUGUCACUUCGUGGCGUUUUACAUACCGUUGAAGAAUUGGCCCUCACUAACCUCGGGGUAUCCUUCUGCUGUUUCUUUCGGGGAAGUUACAAACCAAUUACGAUUGCGAGCGCAUGAAAACUUUAUACCAACUCUCACAAAAAGCUUUCAGGUUUACGAGCAAUUGGAUAUUACUCAAAAGAGAGAAGCUUGGCUUAACGAAAUACAACAAUGCCUUCUUUCUUCAAUUAGCGAGUUCUCAUUGUGCGACUUGAACAAUGUAAAUUCGAUAAUCGACAAAAAAGAACAAAGUAUUUUUGAACAAAUUUGUGCAAAUGAUAAUCUAUCUGCUUUUGUUGAUAUCGAUGAAAACCCAACAGUAGAGGAGGAAGAGGAAGAAGAAGAAAAUGAAGAAGAGGAACUCGAUACAAACUCGCUUCCGAUUAAUCCGUUACCACCACCACCACCACCACAACAACAACAACCACAACAACCACAACAACAACUACAACCACAGCCCAAUACUAUUAUGUCACACCAAAACAUUUACAACUCUCAAUUACCAAACCUUGCCAACUAUCUAAAUGACUUUAGUUCAUCUCAUUUUUACUAG